AGGCGCGAAAGCCGGCGGCGGCCGCCCGGGACUCUGGUCUCGGGCCGGUGAGCGGCCCGUCGGGCUUGUCAUGCCCGCGCGAGGAGCGGACCGGCCGGCCCUCAAGCCGCCGGCCUCCGAAAGAGCGCGCUCCAGCGCGGGGGGUUCUUUGGCGCCCGAGACGGGCACCCCGUGUCGCGAGAGAAGAGCCAUAAAUGUGGGAAAGUUGGAGGCGCGUCUUCGUGUGGGCGGAGCAUGACCGGGCGGGGCCCCGUCUUGACCCGGCCUCUUCGUUUGCACCUUCCUUCGUGCGGGGCUUCUGCGUGUGUUACUGGUGCUUAGUCCUCUAGGGGCCUCUUUGUUUACAUGAGGAAGGCGAAGCUUAGGGGUGUGGCGUGGCUUUGCCAAGGUAGGCGCCUGGUGCAGGAGCAGGUGUGAACCUGGCGGUGGAUUGUUUUAAUUACUUGCCGAUGUGCUGAGCGGCCACCUCAGUGCCCAUUAAGGAUCCUGACAGACUGGCUGAGGGAGCGCAAGAGCCACUGCCGUUCUCAUCGCCGAGAUUCGCAGCAGUUGCUCCCAGUGACAAAGACACACCUUGACGGGGACCAUUCAGACUUCACAGGACUGGGACGGUGCCGGAGCGUGAAGGAGUUUGAGAAGCUCAAUCGCAUCGGGGAAGGCACCUACGGCAUCGUGUAUCGUGCCCGGGACACCCAGACGGACGAGAUUGUUGCCCUGAAGAAAGUGCGGAUGGACAAGGAGAAGGACGGGGUCCCCAUCAGCAGCCUUCGAGAGAUCACGCUGCUCCUUCGCCUCCGCCAUCCGAACAUCGUGGAGCUGAAGGAGGUGGUUGUGGGGAACCACCUGGAGAGCAUCUUCCUGGUGAUGGGUUACUGUGAGCAAGACCUGGCCAGCCUUCUGGAGAACAUGCCGACCCCCUUCUCUGAGGCCCAGGUCAAGUGCAUUGUGCUGCAGGUGCUCCGGGGCCUCCAGUAUCUGCACCAGAACUUCAUCAUCCACAGGGAUUUGAAGGUCUCCAACCUGCUCAUGACGGACAAGGGCUGCGUGAAGACAGCGGAUUUCGGCCUGGCCCGGGCCUACGGCACGCCAGUGAAGCCCAUGACCCCCAAGGUGGUCACCCUCUGGUACCGAGCCCCCGAACUGCUGCUGGGAAGCACCAUGCAGACGCCCAGCAUCGACAUGUGGGCAGUGGGCUGCAUCCUGGCCGAGCUGCUGGCCCACAAGCCCCUCCUCCCUGGCACUUCUGAGAUCCACCAGGUGGACCUGAUCGUGCAGCUGCUGGGGACCCCCAGCGAGAACAUCUGGCCGGGCUUCUCCCAGCUGCCGCUGGUCGGCCAGUACAGCCUGCGGAAGCAGCCGUACAACAACCUCAAGCACAAGUUCCCGUGGCUCUCGGAGGCUGGCCUGCGCCUGCUGAACCUCCUCUUCAUGUACGACCCCAAGAAAAGGGCGACGGCCGGCGACUGCCUGGAGAGCUCCUACUUCAAGGAGAAGCCUCUGCCCUGCGAGCCGGAGCUCAUGCCCACUUUCCCCCACCAUCGCAACAAGCCUGCCCCCACGUCCUCGGGUGCCGAGAGCCAGAGCCGGCGCUGCAAGCCCUGACAGGCGGGGGCUCCUGGGACCCAGCUCGGCCCUCAGCUGAGCCCGACCGGCUGCUCCAGCUGACCGCCCACAUCUGCGCCUCUGCCCAGUGCUGGCCCGGAACAGCAGGCUGUGGACACGCUGGGUGCACCCUGUAGGGCGGACGCUGAGGCUGGCCCGCCAGGCUGUGUGGCACCAACUGGUGGUUGCAGCUUGUUGCCACGCCCUCGGCCCCUCGCCUCCCAGGAGAAAUCGCUGAGCCCGUCUUUGGGGGUGUCACUAGCCUAGGAUGAGCAGACCCCACGUGGGCGCUCUUCUCCCUGCCUGAGCACCAGGGUCUGCCCAGGAAGGGAGAGGCUGAGGUGACCCCUGGUGAGCUGGCAGGACUCACUGCGGGAAGGAGGCAUCAGGAGGGGCAGUCAGCCUGCUCUGAGCCCCAGGGUGAGAGCCUUGGGCUGGGGGCUGCUCCAUGUCCCCACUCCCCAAUGAGGCCCCGGGGGAAGGGGCACGCUUGGUGCUGGCUGGACCCCAGAGAUAAAUGCUUUCCUGACUGACA